GUGGUGAGAAGCUCAUGCUCUGCUGCACGUUUAUAGAGCUUGCAGACCUUGAGGCAGAGUGUGACCUGGGCCUUGUCACUUAGUGUCACUUCUACUUUUCUGUAUCCCCAGGGGAAUAAGACGAUCAAGAUAUGUGCUCACUACGGACCUUGCUCUUAAAGGGGAAACUGCCUGUCUCAUCUGUGUGGCGUGAGGGGACGAGAAGUACUCUGGCAAAGGCUACAUUUGCCACAGGCCCCCGCCAAAAUGACACUACUUUAUAUGAAUUUCGCACGUAUUCUAUCAAGCCCUCGAUGAUGAAUGCAUUCAUGCAGCUCUCAAAGGAGAAUUUUCAUCUGCGUACAGCGCAUUCUGAGCUGGUUGGCUUUUGGACGUAUGAAUUGGGUGGACUGAAUAAGGUGUUCCACAUAUGGAAAUACGACAGCUUUGCACAUCGGUCAGCUGUACGCUCCAAGCUAGCUCAAGACAAGCUGUGGCAGGAAAAUUACAUUUUGAAAGCACUGCCCAUGAUGGACAAACAGGACAAUGAGAUUGCUUACUUGGUACCAUGGUGUAAACUUCAGAAACCAGAAAAAGAGGGGGUCUAUGAGAUGGUCUCCUUCCAGUUUAAGCCUGGAGGACCAGCAGUUUGGGGCGAAUCAUUUCGAGCUGCCAUCUCUACUCAUGUUCAUACUGGAUACACAAAACUUGUUGGUGUUUUUAACACUGAAUAUGGAUUACUUAACCAAGUCCAUGUUUUGUGGUGGAAUGAGAAUGCUGACAAUCGGGCGGCAGGAAGGCAUUUGGCUCAUGAGCAUGCCAAGGUAGUGGCAGCAGUAAGAGAAAGUGUGAGAUUCCUCGACUCGCAGAGAAACGUACUUCUGGUGCCAGCUCCAUUUUCCCCAUUGAAGUAAAUUCCGCCAUUCUACACAUCAAUAGACUCUUCACUUCACGCUAACAUUACCUUUUUCAAGCUACAAGGGAAAGAAGAUCUUACUGCUUUGUGGAUAUUUUAAAUACAUUUCUGCAUGAAGUUCACUUCUUUACUUGUGGUAACUGUGUGAAGACAUUUCUGUAUGAAAAAGAUUAGGUAACACAGAAAAUUGGAUAGUUUUUGUGAAUAGUUUGAGAACUUGGCAAAGAGGGAGCAGAAAAGCAGAAUUUUCAGAAAUUGCUUAGCCCAGAAACCACUUUCUGUAUAAAAUAAAAGUAAGGCUACAU